UGCCGGAGUAAUAUGCUCACUCGAGUGAAAUCUGCCGUGGCCAAUUUCAUGGGCGGCAUCAUGGCUGGCAGCUCAGGCUCCGAGCACGGCGGCGGCGGCUGCGGAGGCUCGGACCUGCCCCUGCGCUUCCCCUACGGGCGACCCGAGUUCCUGGGGCUGUCUCAGGACGAGGUGGAGUGCAGCGCCGACCACAUUGCCCGCCCCAUCCUCAUUCUCAAGGAGACCCGGCGGCUGCCCUGGGCCACUGGCUACGCAGAGGUUAUCAAUGCCGGGAAGAGCACACACAAUGAAGACCAAGCCAGCUGUGAGGUGCUCACCGUGAAGAAGAAAGCAGGGGCCAUUACCUCAACCCCAAACAGGAACUCAGCUAAGAGACGGUCCUCACUUCCCAACGGGGAGGGGCUUCAGCUGAAGGAGAACUCGGAAUCAGAAGGCGUUUCCUGCCACUACUGGUCGCUGUUUGACGGUCACGCGGGGUCCGGGGCUGCUGUGGUGGCAUCCCGCCUGCUGCAGCACCACGUCAUGGAGCAGCUGCAGGACAUCGUGGAGAUCCUGAAGAACUCGGCCGUGCUGCCGCCCACCUGCCUGGGCGAGGAGCCCGACCACACACCCGCGAACAGCCGGACUCUGACCCGCGCAGCCUCGCUCCGCGGAGGGGUGGGCGCCCCCGGCUCCCCCAGCACCCCGCCCACGCGCUUCUUCACCGAGAAGAAGAUCCCGCACGAGUGCCUCGUCAUCGGGGCUCUGGAAAGUGCAUUCAAGGAAAUGGACCUACAAAUCGAACGAGAGAGGAGUUCAUACAAUAUAUCUGGUGGUUGCACAGCCCUCAUUGUGGUUUGCCUUUUGGGGAAGCUGUACGUGGCAAAUGCUGGGGACAGCAGGGCCAUAAUCAUCAGAAAUGGAGAAAUCAUCCCCAUGUCUUCGGAAUUCACCCCUGAGACUGAGCGCCAGCGACUUCAGUACCUGGCAUUCAUGCAGCCUCACUUGCUGGGAAAUGAGUUCACACAUUUGGAGUUUCCAAGGAGAGUACAGAGAAAGGAACUUGGGAAGAAGAUGCUCUACAGGGAUUUUAAUAUGACAGGCUGGGCAUACAAAACCAUUGAGGAUGAUGACUUGAAGUUUCCCCUUAUAUAUGGAGAAGGCAAGAAGGCCCGAGUAAUGGCGACUAUUGGAGUGACCAGGGGACUUGGGGACCAUGACCUGAAGGUGCAUGACUCCAACAUCUACAUAAAACCAUUCCUGUCUUCAGCUCCAGAGGUAAGAGUCUACGAUCUCUCCAGAUACGAGCAUGGAGCAGACGAUGUGCUGAUCUUGGCCACUGAUGGACUCUGGGAUGUUUUAUCAAAUGAAGAAGUGGCAGAAGCAAUCACUCAGUUUCUCCCUAACUGUGACCCAGAUGACCCUCACAGGUACACACUGGCGGCUCAGGACCUGGUGAUGCGUGCCCGUGGCGUCCUGAAGGACAGAGGAUGGCGGAUAUCCAAUGACCGACUGGGCUCAGGAGACGACAUCUCUGUAUAUGUCAUUCCUUUAAUACAUGGAAACAAACUGUCAUGAAAACAGCCCAGGGUUUUAGAAGGACAGACGGGAAGAAAGCUGGGAUGCCUCUGGGCAGGGUGGGGCUGGGAAGUGCCCCAGCAGAGUUCCAGAUGAUGCCACCUCUUCCCUGUCCAGAUGGGAAGCUUGCUGCUGAAAGCCCU